AUGCCCCGUGCAGUAAGAGGUGUACUCAUUGAAUGCGAUCCAUCAGUGAAAGCGAUUAUUCUAAAAUAUGACGAAGAGCGACACGAUUACAUUGUGGAGGAUUUAGAUGAUGACCGACAUCUGGUCAUCAAGGAAAGCCAGCUCCAAAACCUGAAGGCCCGGCUAGGAAAGGAACUUGAUGAUAAGGUCAUGCAACCCGAUGAAUCGGAGUCCGAGUAA